AUGGCUACAUUCCUCAAUGAAAGAUUCGAAGAAGAACAGACGUUACUCCACACAAGCGUACGAAGAUGUAGGUAUGACAUUACCGAUCUUUUACUAUCUUUCGGAGCGGAUCCAGAGAUACUCUAUCACGGAAAAACAAUUGGCCAUAUCGCAGCAGCCGAAAAUGAUCUACUGUUACUACGAAUCCUGAAGCAUAACAACUGCGAAUUUACAGCUAGCAACUACAACGGAGAAACUCCCUUAAUGUUGGUAAUCUCACACGAAAACCAAGAAUGUACGAAGUUAAUAUGGACAUCAACUAACAUUAACAUUACAACAUCAAGCAGCAAAACCGUUUUGCAUUAUUUAGCCAUGUAUGGCCUAAAGGAUCACGCCACCCAAGUUUGCGCUAAGAGAAUCAUCAAUAUCAACCAACAAGACGACACAGGCAAAACCGCCUUACACGUAGAAGCCGGAUUCAACCGAAUCGACAUGAUCGAGAUUUUACUGCUACACGGAGCAGACGCAAGGAUAAAAUACUCCCAUGGACGCGUGCCUGGAUCAGAAACAUGCAGUAAAAGAGCGCAAGCCAUAUUCCAAAAAUGGGAACUAAACCAUAACAGUAAUUCCCUAACCAAGACUGGAAGAAAAGAAUAA